UAGAUAGAGGGGUUGGAUGAACGGGCGCGUAGUGUACGCUUUUAUUGUUGUUGCGAUUGGUGGUGGACGGAGACGACAUUGGCAUAGAAAAUUUUGCAUACACUCUCUCCCCCGCUCUCAUUCACACCACACACCAACACUCAUGUAGAAAGUAAAAAUAAAAAAUAGCCAAAAAUAAACAAGAAAAAAAUAACAACAAACAAAAACUUACGUUGAAUUUUGCAGACGGAAGAAAUUGGUUGUAAAUUGGAAAGUGCACGAAGGUGGUGAGAGGAACGCGUAACGGUAUACACACGCAUACACAUAAAUAUACACACACGCACACAUGGAGGCUUGAAGAUUGGGAUUUGGAAAGAAAUCGCGAGGAAAGGAGCAGGAGCAGGAGGUGUGGAAGGAUCAGGAGCAGAACGAUGACCACUCGGGAGAAUGUCGUUACCAGUCGCCUGUCCAAGCUAAUGCUAAAUAAUGCCGCCAGCGGAAGUGGUGGUGUCGGAGGAGGAGGCGGAGGAAGUGCUGCCCUCCAGUCUCCCACUUCUCCCGGGGAGCAGUCUCAAUCCGAACUGAAUCAACUCAAACGGGAUGCAGAUCCUCAAUUCUCGCGCUUUGCCGACUACUUUGUGAUAUGUGGACUGGAUUUGGACACUGGCCUGGAGCCAGAUCGCUUUGCAGGCGAUAACUUGCACUGUUCGCCGCUGGACCGAGCCUAUAAAAGCAAGCCCCUGGCCCACUAUCCGGAGAACGUGGCCUGGAACCCCUUCGAUGCCCAUGGGAUAUGCAUGCUCUCCCUGCCGCAGGGCCUCCGCUUCCGCACCCAGAAGCACAACAUCGAACCGAGAUUCCAUUCGUUUGCAACAACGAGGGAGGAUGGAAAACGGUGCUAUGGCUUCAGCCUUGUCUUCUACGAGGAAAUCCGCAAUCGAAACAUCUGCGGUGCUAUUCACACAUUGCAGAGCAUGUUCAUCACGGAGCUGUCGAACGGCCAGCAGACGCACUCCCUCACCCGGGUUAAACAGGACGGGCCGGUCAGUCGAUCCCUGCCCAGGCACUUCAAGGUGGCCGGACAGGCGCCGCAAUCCGCACAAAGCUACUACGACAUCAACAAGGAUAAGCUGUAUGUGGCCAAGAGCAUAUCGCUCAUCUGCCAGGCCCCCUAUGCCUUUGCCGCCCAGAUGUUUCUCAAGAAUCUAUACAGAUGUCUUCCCCGCCAGCCUGGUGCUGGCAUCAGCUUGGAGUCCUACGUCUAUAACAUCCUGUACGAGGUGAUGCUGCCGCAGCCGGGGAAGUCUAUACGCGUCUAUCUGCCCCCCACUGAGCCGCAUCUCCCAGCUAUUGCACUGAUCCUGCAGCGACCGCUCCUGGCUACCGAGCUACCUCUUCUGGACUUUCCACUGCGCUUACUGUUUAAGUAUCUGGGCGUUGAGUGUGUUAUCCAGCUGCUAACGUGCGUUCUGCUGGAGAACCAGGUGCUGCUUCGGUCCACAGAUUACCAAAGACUUAUGAUCGUAGGUGAGUGCAUCACGUCGCUACUGUUCCCGUUUGUGUGGCCCCACGUAUACGCCCCGAUCCUGCCGGCGGCACUGCAUCAUUUCCUGGACGCUCCCGUGCCCUUCGUAAUGGGAUUGCAUGCUGAAUGCGAAGCGGCGCACAAGAUUGGAAGUGAAGCGGCGCUCUGCUUUGUGGACAUCGACAAGAAGCACAUUCAACUGCCGGAGGAGCUGCCUGUCUUCCCCCACAAGCUGGACUUCAUGGCCGAAAUAGGAUCUGUGCUGGACAAGUUCGAGGUAGAGCGAGAUCGCGACCAGGAGCCGAGCUUAAGGAACGGCAGGGCUUCUGGAGGACUGGGUGGAGGAGUUGGAAGUGCAGGUUCUAGCGGUGGAGGUGGCCCCGAUGCCAUGAUCUCCAGUUGCACACUGCCCACCGGAUUGCAAGCCGCUCGACGCAGCAAAGAGCGUUUCCAGCAGCUCCAGGAGACGGUCUACACACUGUCCGGAUCGGGAUCACCUGGUGGAGGUGUUGUGGACUACCAGCCACUGAUAGCGCAUCCAUCGCGCAUUGAUCAUGUACCCCGGAUUGCAGACUUUCUGCGACGAAAGGGCGGUAUCCGCGGGACAGCUUCUCCGGUGGGCAGUCCAACUGUUUCGCUGUCAUCCUCGCCAGUGGGAAUCUAUCAGGAUGUGGACGCUGUUGACGCCACCAUGCCACGACGGGCAGAGAAACAAAAACUGAAUCCCGUGGAUCAGUAUUACCAGGACCUGCGGAUCAACAACUCCCUGCGGGAGAUAUUCCUCAACAGAUUCGUGCACAUGUUCCAUGCCUACGAAUACUUCGUGAUCUAUCCCAACCAGGCCAGGGACGACUGGAUCUCGAACCGGGAAACUCUACAAAACUUUGACAAAAGCUCGUUCCUUUCCGAUCAGCCGGAACAUCAUCGCGCCUUCCUUUCACGUUUCCUUGAAUCUCAAAUGUUUGCCACCCUCAUCGAUAAUAAGAUCCUGGCCAUGUGGGAGCCGCAACCGGAUGAGCAGUUGCUGCUCUUCGACCAGCGCGUAAAGUUACUGAGGCGACGUCACGGAGAGAACAUGAUCGCUGCCAGCAGUUAUGAGCCAUGUGUGGUCAGCCAGGACUCGCAGCAGGGCUUCGAGAAGCGUCUCAACUGCAUAGACAUCGAAGUGACGCCACCCAGUGAGAUCCUCUCCAAUCGGGCCGCCUACUUCCGCAGCUUCCCGCUGCUGGAGAAGGGUGUACUGAACCAGGAGUGCGCCUCGAGAGGCAACAGCCUGCGGCGGGUUAAGAACGGCAACAAGUGGCGGGCGCGUGAAAUCUCCCUGGACCAGAAACCCAACUCCGGCGCCAAUGCGAUCAAUCGGCUCUCGGCGAACCUAACCACAGCGGAUGUGAGUCCGGCACUGAUAGCCCAGGCCAACUGGACAUUUGUGGAGCGACUCUUAAAGGACAUCAAGUCGAAGACCAAGCGCAUGCUGCUGGAGAAAAUGGGCAACGAGGCGGUGGCUUUGGGUCUCAAAGGUGAUGGAAUUGAGGAGAAUACUCUGAUAGCCAGCAUGUGUGACCUGCUGGAGAAGAUCUGGUCGCAUGGCCUGCAGAACAAGCAGGGGAAGUCCGCUCUGUGGGCCCAUCUACAGGCGUAUUUGGAGAUGCAGGAGGCCCGUGGGGCGAUCGACAGCACCGGAACGGAUCAGACGCCGCCCGUAUCCAGUAGUCCCAGCAGUAAGAUGACCAUUGCCACAGCCUCGCCGGCACUGGCUUGGAAUGCUAUGCGAAAGCGCAUGGACUAUCUCUCUACAUUCCAAACCGACUUUGACAGUCCACCAAGUCCGAAUCGCAGUCGUUCUCGGGAUCGCAACAAGUUUGUUGGUCUGGAGCAGCUGUGUCCACUACCGGAAUCUCUAGAGUUCGAUGUGAAAAACGUGCUGGCCAUGGCGGAUAUUAAGACCCAUAUCGGCUAUACUCGUGCAUGGGUCCGUCUGUCUCUGGAGAAGAAACUAUUAAGUCGACACUUCCGCACUCUUCUCUCUGACGAAGGACUCCUCCGUUCUCUCUACAAGCGUUCGGCCUUUCUCCGUUGCGAAGAGGAGAAAGAGCAGUUUCUGUAUCACCUUCUUACCCUCAACACUGUGGACUACUUCAGCUUCACCAACAUCUAUCCCACAACGAAACUGCCCUAUCGCGUCGUGAUCUUCCCUUCCCGCAAGUACGGCUCCUAUCAUACCUCCAGCAAUGUGUGGAUCAUGGUUUCUGGCACCAUGAACGAAACGCAACGGGUGCCAGUGCCAAAAGGAUCUCUCGAGUUUAUCUUCCAUUACAAGAACCUGGGUUUGUUGACAACCAUGCGCAUUGGACACGACAACUCAGGACCUAGCCACAAGUGGCUCGUUGAGCAGGUGGUGAUGCGCAAUGAGGUCACCGGCCACACCUACAAAUUCCCUUGUGGGCGCUGGCUGGGCCGCGGAGUGGAUGAUGACUCUACGGAACGUCUGUUGGUGGGUCAACGGGUGUCGACUAGCGUUAAGAAUGCUGAGCUGCUGCCAGGUUCAGAUACGCGAACACCACCGCGCACCAGGAGUCCCAGUGUUCAGCGCCAGGAAUCACUCUCGCCGUCGGAGAUCCAGCACCAAUUGGGCAACUGCGUCAAUGUGCUGGUGAAAUGGCACUAUAAGCCUAGCCGGGAUCGUGAUGUGGGCACUCUGACCAACCUGCUAUGUGGGGAUGAUGGACUGGUCAAGUGCCUGGAGCAGGUCUUCCUUUGCGGUUUCCGGUCGGCGCGAUUCUUUGGAAGGAAUCUUUACAUCUGGGACUAUUUCACCAAAAUCAAAGAACUGUUUGAGCAAAAUCUUCAGCUGGAGCUAGAGGACUCUGCUUCCAGCAUGGACUCCUCCUUUAGCAACGGCAGCGGCGGUGGAAGUGGAGGCAACAGCCUCCAUCGGCGAGAAAUCUCGGGCAUCUGGCGACUAUAUGUGCAGCUGAUGGAUGAAAUCAAUGGCACUGCACUGGGCAAAGAUGGAAAAUUCCAGCUUCUGAUCUGUCUUAGUUUGCGGGAGCACCUGCUGACGCGGCUCAUUAAGCCGAUGGCUCUAACAAAGGUCACACAGGAGAUGUACGAGGAGGAGAGCUUCCUGCGACGCCGAAACCUGCUCACCUUUCUUAUUCAGAUCCUUGAGCCACUGGACGACUGCCACAUAGUUUUGGAGAACUCGAUCACCCAGGGAAUUCGCAUCCCGUCCCAGUGCUGAAAUGGAAACAUGUUUUUUUUUUUCACUCAAUUCUGAAUACUCACCCCACUCAACACUCACCCACGAACUUUUGCAACCAGUGACCUAGAGAAUACUCACAUACAUAUGCUCUUAAGGAAUCUCGGAAAUCUCGAAUUCGUUGUUAGGUUUAUAUAAGAAAAGCGAAACUCUUGCCCCUGAUUACGCCUAAUUGUAAUGCUAACUUUAAUCUUAAUCCUCUUAUACCCAACCACUUGCCAUUUAACCCAACAUGCUUGCCAAGUAUCCAAGUCAAAAACGUUGAAUCUUAAACAGGGGAACUGGAAUCCCCAAAAAAAAAAGAAUAUGUUGAAGCCAAAGUUGAACAAAAUUCCUUGUCAUUGACGCAAUCGAAUUUUAAAGACAUUUACUGUGCAAUUAAGACGUUUACUAUAAAGAAUUCUAAAAUGUUGUUCAAAAAUCUACAUAUAUAUGAAAAGUAUGUGUGUGUAGUUAGUAGAUAAGCCCUAGAAUCCCAAUCCAGUCAAUUAUCCUCUGUUCCAAUUGAGUUCCAACUUCAUCGGUAGCUUUUGCUUUAGUUGAUUUACCAAAGAAUCUUUGUGUUUUUUGAGAAUAUUUUUUAUAUAUUCCUAUAUUUUUUGUAUCCUAAGACUAAGUGAAGUGAGAUUUACCCAAAGGUGUUUAUGUUAUAUUCAAGCUUUAUUUUAAUAUUACAUUUUAUUUAGCCAAAAACUGUUUCAACUUAAUUUUUAAGACACUGAAAGUCAAUAAAUACCCAAAAGACAGUAAUGAAAUACGAAAAGGA